AUGGAGACUCUCUCAGUUCAAACUUUAUUGUAUGCCAUGAAAUACAUUAGGACCAACAGCCUUAAAAGGCUAUUCUCUCUUAAACGACGCAGUUUUGAAGAAGCAGUUCUAGAGAAGAAAGCUCCAAACCCCAAUGGUGAAGAAGACCGUGUUGGAGUUGUAGGAACCGAGUCUUUUCAGAGACCCAUUUGGAAAUGCUUCUCUUUUGAAGAAAUCUCCGAGGCCACCGAUGGUUUCAGCUCAGAUAAUUUGGUCGGAAAAGAAGGCUACACAGAGGUAUAUAAAGGAGUUUUGAGAAAUGGAGACGAAAUAGCUGUGAAAAGGCUCACAAAAACAGCUUCAGAUGAGAGAAAAGAGAAAGAGUUUUUGACUGAGAUUGGAACCAUAAACUCAAUACUUAAGUAUAGAGAAUUUAGCAUACAGCCCAUCAUUUCCUCAGCUUCAGUAUGCAAUAGAAGAUUUCCUAUCUCUAACUAAUGCAUAAAAGCAAGAAGCGAAGGCACAACCUGUGUCUCACCCCUCCAAUCAC